GCAGCUGAUCAUAGAAAGCACUGAAGAGAGACAGAUCGAGGGGGAGAGAGAGAUGGGAAGUAAUGGGUAUUUUCCAUUGUUUGAGACAAGGAGAGCUAAAGGCAGAGUCAUAUACAGGCUUUUUGCAGUGUCUGUGUUUGUGGGCAUAUGUUUGAUUUGGGUUUACAGAGUGAGUCAUAUACCAAGAAAUGGUGAAGAUGGCAGAUGGGGUUGGAUUGGAUUGCUUGGAGCUGAGCUCUGGUUCGGUUUUUACUGGGUUCUCACUCAAGCCCACCGCUGGAACCGUGUCUACAGACACACCUUCAAGGACAGGCUUUUUCAGAGAUACGGAAAAGACAUGCCGGGGGUAGACAUAUUCGUGUGCACGGCGGACCCCGUUUUGGAGCCACCAUUGAUGGUGGUCAACACAGUUUUAUCGGUAAUGGCAUAUGAUUAUCCAUCGGAGAAACUGAGUGUGUAUCUUUCAGAUGAUGGUGGGUCAGAUAUCACCUAUUAUGCUCUCCUAGAAGCCUCUCUGUUUGCCAAGCAUUGGCUACCAUUCUGCAAGAACUUCAAAGUGGAGCCAAGGUCACCAGCUGCUUAUUUUAUGUCAAGGGAUGCCCCACGCGAUGCUAAUCAAGCUAAAGAGUUGGCCAUCAUCAAGAAAUUAUAUGGAGAAAUGGAGAGCCGAAUCGAAAAUGCAGCAAAGAUAGGUCGAAUCCCUGAAGAAGUUCGCUUAAAACACAAACAAUUCUCUCAGUGGGAUUCAUAUUCUUCUCGACGUGACCAUGACACAAUUCUUCAGAUAUUAAUUGAUGGGAGAGAUCCCAAUGCCACAGAUAAAUAUGGGUUUGUGUUGCCAACUCUGGUAUAUUUGGCUCGGGAGAAGAGACCCCAGCAUCACCACAACUUCAAAGCUGGAGCUAUGAAUGCAUUGAUAAGAGUGUCAUCAAAGAUUAGCAAUGGGCCGAUCAUUCUUAAUGUGGACUGUGAUAUGUACUCAAACAAUUCACUUUCUGUGAGAGAUGCACUUUGCUUUUUCAUGGAUGAAGAGAAGGGCAAUGAGAUUGCUUUCGUGCAGUUUCCACAGAAUUAUGAGAACAUUACAAAGAAUGAAAUAUACAGUGCUUCAAUGAGGGUGAUUGGUGAGGUGGAAUUCCAUGGUUUGGAUGGUUAUGGAGGCCCUCUAUAUAUUGGUACUGGAUGCUUUCACAGAAGAGACACUCUAUGUGGUACGAAGUUCAAUGAGGGAUAUAAGGGUGAUUGGAGCACUAGCGCAAAUGAUAGAAGAAGGGAAGAGAGUGUACAUGAAUUAGAAGAGAAAUUAAAGGGUCUUGCAAGCUGUACCUAUGACAAAAACACUCAAUGGGGAAAAGAGAUGGGUUUGUUAUAUGGGUGUCCGGUUGAAGAUGUCAUAACGGGUUUAUCAAUCCAAUGCCGGGGAUGGAAAUCAGUCUACUUCAAUCCAUCAAGGAAAGCUUUCUUAGGUGUAGUUCCAGUAACACUCCCUGAGGUACUUGUGCAGCAUAAGAGAUGGUCCGAAGGUGAUCUGCAGAUUUUGUUAUCCAAGUAUAGUCCUGCAUGGUUUGCACAUGGAAAGAUUAGCUUAGGCCUUAGACUGGGAUAUUGCGUCUAUUGCCUUUGGGCUCCUAAUUCUUUGGCGGUACUAUACUACUCUGUCAUCCCUUCACUUUAUCUCCUAAAAGGCAUUUCCUUGUUUCCACAGAUCUCGAGCCUAUGGUUCCUACCAUUUGCAUAUGUGAUAAUUGUCAAGCACAUUUAUGGCUUUGCCGAGUUCCUAUGGUCUGGUGGCACGAUUCAAGGUUGGUGGAAUGACCAGAGGAUGUGGCUCUACAAGAGAACAAGUUCCUAUCUAUUUGCUGUGAUCGAUACCAUCUUAAAGUUACUGGGUUUUACUGAUUCAGCAUUCAUAAUCUCAGCCAAGGUUGCUGACCAAGAAGGUUCCCAAAGAUAUGAGAAAGAUAUAAUGGAGUUUGGAAUCUCCUCUCCAAUGCUCACCAUAUUAUCAACACUUGCAUUGCUCAACUUAUUUUGCCUUGUUGGGGUGGUGAAAGAAGCAUUCAUGGGUAAGGGUCUCAUGACUCUGCAAUUUGUUCUGUGUGGGCUUCUGGUUCUCAUCAACUUGCCUUUGUAUCAGGCCCUUUUCCUGAGGAAGGACAAGGGCAAGAUACCAAGCUCCCUAGCAGUCAAAUCAUUUGCAUUUGCCCUACUUGCUUGUAUCAGUUUUACAUUAUUGUAAUAUUCAUUUUUAAUUUUUAUUCUAGAUUCACAAAGUUAAAAGGUUAUUUGGUCUAAAAUAAUUGUUUUAGGAGUUAUUUGUCACGUGGGAGUCACAUAAAAUGUAAAUGAGUGAAUCAAAUAUUGGAAGACUGGAAGCAUCUAUUGUAGCUUAUAAAUACCCAUGUAAUUUAGUCAGUGUUCUCAAGUGAGUGGAAUAAGAUAUGGAGGAAGAAGAAAGUGCAGAGGAGAGUGUUGGGGAGAUACAGAGAAGAUGAAUGUGCAGAGAUACAUUGGAAGGAGACGUUGGGCAUAGUAUUUGAAAUAUGAAGAGUUGUACAAUCAAGUCUUGAGCAGUAAUAACGCCUAUCCUUGCUGAUAUCGAAUGUCUAGUAUGUUGUUUCAGAUUGUAAACUUUUGGAGCCUUUUGGUUGAGCUCGAAUCAACCAAAUCUCUAUCUUUCAAUAACAGUUCAUAAACCCAUUUGUUCUUAA